CAGUAAACCCAUUUUCUGUUCGUCUUCAACAAUAAAGCUCGAAGAUCGUACAUUCUACUCCUAGGGCUUGUUUGUCUGUUUGUUCGAAAUGACCAUCUCCUGCUUCUCUCUCCUCUUCUGCCUCCCUUUCUUCACCUUCCUUACUAUCCACUCCAAACCAGUCACCUCGCCUUACCUCUCACCCACCACGAUCAUCCCCAAUUACCAAAACAUGCUCAAAACUUUCAAAAUUUUCAUGUACAACCCAAACGAUGCCCUCACUUUCAACUCCCCAGCAGAGUCACUCUUCUACGCCUCUCUUCAGAACAGCCCGUUUGUCACCCACGACGCCGAAGAGGCUCACCUAUUCUUCGUCCCUUUCGCCUCAGGUCUCUCCACGCGAUCCAUCGCGCGUGUCAUUAGACGCCUUCGGGAAGAGCUUCCGUACUGGAACCGUACGCUUGGUGCUGACCAUUUUUACCUCUCUUGUGCCGGUUUGGGAUACGAAUCGAACCGAAAUCUUGUUGAGUUGAAGAAAAACUCGGUCCAGAUCUCGUGCUUCCCUUCACCCGCUGGUAGGUUUAUCCCUCACAAGGACAUAGCCCUACCUCCAUUUCCGAAAUCUAACGUACCGCACGCUCUGGCGAACAGAACCGCGAGGUUUCUGGGUUAUUUUGGGCACAGCGGGGUAAAAGAGUCAAGUUUUUUGGUCAACGAGUUGGUUAAUGAUCCAGACUUUCUGAUCGAAUCCGAGUCGUCAGAUCAGCUCAGUUACACGGAGAGACUAGCGAGCAGUAAAUUUUGUUUGUUCGAGUACGGAGGCGAUGUUUCGAGAAUCGGAGAGGCGCUGCGUUUCGGGUGCGUGCCGGCGGUGAUUACUGACCGUCCGAUCCAGGACCUGCCAUUCUUGGACGUGCUAAGGUGGCAGGAGAUCGCGUUGUUUGUGCCUGUGGGAGGGUUCAAGGAACUGAAACGUGUCUUGGGGCGCACGUACGGAGAUCGGCACGAGCAAAUGAGCAAAUUAGGUGUGAAGGCGAGUCAGCACUUUGUGUGGAACGAGGUACCACAGCCGUUGGAUUCGUUUCAUACGGUAAUGUAUCAGCUGUGGCUGAGACGGCAUACCAUCAGAUACCCUCGGAGAGAAUAGGAUUAGGGAACCCAGAGUUCUCGGGCGGACGAUGGACUCCCUUAGGCUGUUGUAUAGAUUUUGUUGACUUGGUUAGUAAAGCUUGGAUAGUUGGAUGGUGGUAAAUCAAGCGAUUUUUUGAAGUAAUUUCCUGGUAUAUAAAUAAAAAUUUCAAGUCAUUUCUUGAGUUAUGUAUGUCAACUAAAAUUUGAAGCUGUUUGUAGUCAAAAUUCAACUUUUCAUUAGGCCUAUGUUUUGGUUGGCCUGUUUUUAUUUGUGAUGUAUUUACUUUGUUCUGUUGUGUUCUUGUAUUAUCUCAUCUAUUCAAAAGAAAAGACCCGUUGGAAUUAAA